GCUUGCCAAACAAAGAUGGCGUCUAAGUUGCAAAUCGGCGAUCUUGUGUGGGCAAAGAUGAAGAGCUUCCCAGCAUGGCCUGGAAAGAUCAUCGAGCCAAAGCCAGAAAUCAAGAGACCGAAGAAGGAUAAACUGCAUCACUGCAUCUAUUUCUUUGGAUCUGAAAACUAUGCAUGGCUGCCACAUGAACAAGUGUAUGCGUACAUUGGAAACAAAGAGAAGUUUCUGCUCAGAUCACGUCUACCGAAAGGCUUCAAGGAGGCUAUUGAGGCUAUAGAAGAUGCUAUCAAGGAAAUGCCAGAAGAGGACCGUCUUAAAGCCGAAGAACUUCCCUCCAUUGAUGAAGAGCUCGCCCAGAUUUUCUCAGACUCGGCCUCGGCAGACGAGAAAACAAAGUUGAACAACAGUACAGACAGCCCACCUUCUGAUAAACCAGAUAAACCAAAGAAGAAAAAGCGGCCGAGAGAAAGCACUGGCACAGGGGAGGGAAAUGAAGUAUCACCAAAAAAGACCCCAAAAGUAAACAAACCUAAAGCAUCAACAGGGGGCGACUCCACAGGAAAAAAGAAAAUCAAACCAGUAAAAUCAUUAACACCAUCAGAAAAGAUUUUGAAACGAGCAAAAAUGACUGCUGGCUCAUCACCAUCAUCCAAUAUCUUCUCUGCUUUAUCACCAAAGAAAUCCCUCUCGUCACCAAAGAUGAGAGACAGAAAGUUACCAGAGCUCAAGGUAUCAGAAAGUGACCUUAGCUAUGAUCCGAGUUUAGGGGCCCCAGGUCAGCCUCUGUCAACUGCCUCAGGGACACAACUGGAGGACGAUGAUCUCUCAAAAACAGCUGUAAAAUCUGUGAUCCCUACCCCAAUGAGGAUAGGUUUCCUAGGGUUGGGGAUUAUGGGACAAGGCAUGGUCAUGAACCUGUUGAGGUCAGGGCACGAGGUCACGGUGUGGAACAGAACAGCACAAAAGUGUCGAGACUUUGUGAAAGCGGGAGCAUUAAAGGGCAGUUCACCAUGUGAGGUAGUUCAGCAGUGUGAUAUCACGUUCUGUUGUGUGGCAGACACAACCGCUGUUAAAGAUAUAGUAUUUGGUAGUCAGGGAGUGUUGCGGGGUAUAGCAACAGGUAAAUGUUUUGUGGAGAUGUCAACAAUAGAUGAGGAAACAGUGCAAGAUGUAGCAGAGGCAAUACAAGCACGAGGGGGUGUGUAUCUCGAGGCCCCAGUUGUAGGCAGCAGGGUACCAGCAUUGGAAGGGCAGCUCACUAUACUGGCAUCAGGCGAUAGAAAACUUUUUGAUGACUGUUUCUCUUGUUUUGAAGCCAUUGGCAAAAAAUCUCUUUACCUAGGGUCUGAUCCUGGGGCAGCAACUAGAAUGAAGCUCAUUAUAAACAUGGUGAUGGGUUCUGUGGUAGCUAGUCUAUCAGAAGGCAUGGCAAUGGCAGAGAAGGUCGGCCUUGACCUUGAAGAUGUGGCGGAAGUUCUUAGUCUAGGCUCACUUCGUUGUCCAACUGUUAUACAUAAAAGUCAAGCAAUAUUAAACCAGAAGUACGACCCACAUUUUCCAUUACAACAUCAACAAAAGGAUCUCAGAUUAGCAUUACAGUUAGGAGACAAAGUAGAACAACCUCUAUAUAUAGCUGCUGCUGCCAAUGAGCUGUACAAGAAAGCAAGACGGUUAGGGUAUGGAGAGAGUGACAUUUCUGCUGUGUUCCGGGCUGCUAGCAACUGAGGCAGUGUAACGAAAACAAUUGUUGGUUAAAUAAAGUGAAUGACUUGAGAUUUUAAGACAGAUGAUUGGAAAGUGUUUAAAGAAAAGUUUCGAGUGUCUGUACAUGAUAUAGACAGUGAUUUAUAAAACAGAAUGUAGGAAGAAUUGGAAACGAGGUUAAUUCAGGGCUUUUUAUUAAAUCAAAUAUGGUAACUUGUGAAAGAAGACCAAUCUUGAACAACAAUGAUGUUGGUUAGUGACACUUGUCUCAAUGUUGAUGUUUCUUACACUCAACUGUGAAAAGAAAUUGGUACAGAAGGAUGUCAGAUGGAGACAUUCUUCCAGAAAGGUUGCUGCGAGAUAUGGAAGAAGCCAAAAUGUUGAUUCAGGAGUUUUAGCAGGUUGAACAAAUUCAAAUCAUGUACUCGAAAUUAUAUCACAUUAUGUGCAUUUUGAAAGUUACACAUUGUACAUCGAACAUAGAAACAGUCUUGAUAAAACUGACUGUGCAAAGAACAAAGUCAUGUAGGAAAAAAAAAAAUGUGCACGUAUUUGAAACAAAUGGUCGUAGAGAGAGUGUUUAAGGAGCAUAUCAUGCUGCCUGAUGCUAAUGUAAGACUUACAAAACCAAGUGAAUAAACCUGUGUAAGGGCUGUGUUUUAUAAAUAUUAUACACUUUUACAGAUUUGUUUAAGAAUUUAACCCUUAUCAUGCUGGAAAUAAUUGAUUCUGCCUUUGCAACCAGUGCAGAUCAUGAUCUGCACUGUUUGCCAUUCAGUCAGUAUCUUUUUGGUAAGCACCCCUUUUAACAUUUAAUGGUACUGUCCAAAUUGAAAGAUGUAAGAAUUUAGCAGGGUAAGGGUUAAGGAGGUAUACCCAUAAUGACAUUGGGUAAUUCCCUGUUGUUUAUGAAUACUCUGUAUGAGACUUUGGCAUUCUCUGGUUAAUUUUCUGUUGUGUCUGAAGAAUGCUAACUUUACAUAUGGAGGGUACAUAAAUGAACGGAGCCGGCAAGCUUAGCUCAAUAGGGAGAGCUCAGCUCUACGGAUCGCUGGGUCCCGAGUUCGAUAAGUAGAAUGGCUGGAUCAGUGGGCAGUUUUUAUAAUGCAGCAUUGUAUAAAAUAUGUUGUAGAUUUUAAGAUGUAUUCAGUUGUUAAUGUAUAUUGGCUUUCCCAGCUGACAGUUUUUAAUAAACUGUACAGAAACAUAGAAAAAUAGUUUGGUUCCAAGCUCAGUAGAAUACAGUUCCAUGACCUUUUGGUACAGAAACAUAGAAAAAUAGUUUGGUUCCCAGCUCAGUAGAAUACAGGUCCAUGACCUUUUGGUACAGAAACAUAGAAAAAUAGUUUGGUUCCCAGCUCAGUAGAAUACAGGUCCAUGACCUUUUGGUACAGAAACAUAGAAAAAUAGUUUGGUUCCCAGCUCAGUAGAAUACAGGUCCAUGACCUUUACCCAAAAGGUUGAUUUUGCCUGCACCUCGUCUUAAGAAAGUCUAGUAGAAAUACAGUUAUUUUAUUAAUAACUAUGAAUGUUUUAAGCACAAAGGAGGGCAUUGAAUUUUUCUGUUGUCAUUUGUUUAAUAAAAGUAGAUUACGAUGUUCGUGACACAGGCAAAAUCGGCUUGGUAACAUCAGAAAUAUAUUGGUACAAUAAUUGUGAUAAGUUCAACAUGUUCAGUAUGUGUGUAUUUGGUGAAACAAAAGUUUAAUAUUCAGAGUAAUUAAGAUGAAUUACAGUAAUAAUAGAGGUGAUACGUUGAUAAGCUUCACACAUAUCCAUAAUCAUGGAAAUUUUAUAGUAUUUGAUCCAUUUUGUUGUACUAUCACUCACCUUGACAACUCAAGCAUAAAAGGGCAUGUGUAUCAGUUUGUUGCCAACCAUUUCAAUUUUUUUUAUUGAAGAUUUUUUUCCCAGUUCACAUGAACUAUGAGGAAAAUAUGUAUAUUAAAUUUUGUGAAAUGGAAUAGUAGUGCAUUAAAAUAUCAAUACAUGUAUGUAACUAUUUCUAAGGAAAAAGUUGAAAUAUUCUACAUGUCAGCACACUGUGAUCUCAUAUUGGUGUGAGUAGGUGUCAUAUCUUGUGUCACUUAGAGAAAAUACUUCUGAUAGAUUGAACUCUCUAUUUCAAAAAAUCUCCCCUGGAAAGGUUACUGUGAAAAAAAUAUGUUAUUUCAGGCAAUAUUUGUUAAGAUUACCUCACAGCUAGCAUCACAGCUAGCUGGUUAACUUCACAUAUAUCACACCUGUAACGGGAGAACUGUUCACUGAUAUUUUUUUUUCUCAAGUGUUCAUCAUCAUAUUUCGGAAUAAUUUAUUCAACAUUUAGACAUUUUUUUCCAUUGACGUCAUUUUUCUUGUCCAUCGAUGCUUUCAAGAAUUUUGAUGGAAAACUGUACUGAUGGAAGUCUGAAAUAAAAAUUCAUUGAGGACACUGCUGUUUUACUUACAUGUAUUUAAGUUGCCAAUGUUUCAGUGGAACCCCAUUGCACUUUGUGCUGUAAGACUUACUUGUCUUAAUGUAAUUAUGAUUUCUUUCUGCUAGUUUGUUCAAUGUAAACAGUGUGUUUUGUCUGUCAGACUUUUUUCUUCUGUACAGAGGUUGGCCCAUGGUUUUGGUAAGGUUUAUUUUUAGCUCACCUGAACCAAAGGCUCUUGGUGAGCUUUUGUGACCAGUCAAUGUCCGUCGUGUGUCCGUCAACAUUUUCUAAAAAAAUCUUCUUCUUGAAAACCACUGGGCAGAAUUACACCAAACUUCACAGGAAUGAUCCAUGGGUGGUCCCCUUUCAAAAUUGUUAAAAGAAUUUCAUUCCAUGCAGAACUCUGGUUGCCAUGGCAACCGAAAGGAAAAACUUGAAUAAAUUUCUUGUUCAAAACUGCUAGGCGUAGAGCUUUGAUAUUUGGCUUGUGACAUCAUCUAAUGGUCCUCUAUGAAAAUUGUUCAAAUUGUGCCCCUGGGAUGAAAAGAGGCCCCGCCCCCGGGGUCCCAAGUUUUAGAUAGACUUAUAUAGGUAAAACUUUAAAAAUCUUCUUGUCUGAAACUACAAGACCUAAGCGUUUGAUAUUUUGUAUGUAGCAUUGCCUUGUGGUCCUCUAUGACAUUUGUUCAAAUUGUGCCACUGGGGGUGAAAAGAGGCCCCAUCCGGGGAUCCAAAGUUUUACAUAGACUUAUAUAGGAGAAAACUUUAAAAAAUCUUCUGGUCUGAAACUGAAAGGCCUAGGCUUUUGAUAUUUGGUAUGUAGCAUUGCCUAAUGGACCUCUAACAGAAUUAUUCAAAUUAUGCCCCUGGGGUAAAAAGAGGCCCCACACUGGGGGUCACUUGUUAUAUGAGUUAUAUAGGAAAAAAUACUACAAAAUUAUCAGAUCAUAUUUCCUAGACUGUUUAAUUAUAUUUACCUGAUGUAUCCAAGUGAUUGCUGUGACCUUGACCUACUUUCCUUAAUUUCAAAGAUGCAGCCUUUAAAUUUGGAUGACAUGCACAGUUUUACAUACCGAACUUAAAACUGACUUUCAGUAACCAUGAAUUUGACCUACUGACCUAUUUCUAAUAUUUUAGCAUCAGUUUGCCAUUUGAAACUUGUGGCUUAUAUUACUCAGGUGAGUGAUUCAGGGUCAUCAUGACCCUCUUGUUGAAUUUAAUAUUUCUGCAUUUUCUUUUAUACAGUAAUAUAUAUCUGCACUUCAUGCAAAAAAGGAAAAAUAUCUGCUUAAACAGUGGAAACUGAAUAUUAAAGUAACUAAGAAAAGGUGGGGGAAAAAACCGUUUGCAUAUAUAUUUGAAAUGAAAAAAUAUGGUUUAUCUUUUUUUAGCUCAUCUGAUUUUUUGAAAAAAAAUGAUGAGUUAUUGUCAUCACUUGAGCGGUUGUCGGCAUCGGCGUCGGCGUCGGCGUUGCCUGGUUAAGUUUUAUGUUUAGGUCAGCUUUUCUCCUAAACUAUCAAAGCUAUUGCUUUGAAACUUGGAAUACUUGUUCACCAUCAUAAGCUGACCCUGUAUAGCAAGAAACAUAACUCCAUCUUGCUUUUUGCAAGAUUUAUGGCCCCUUUUGUACUUAGAAAAUAUCAGAUUUCUUGGUUAAGUUUUAUGUUUAGGUCAACUUUUCUCCUAAACUAUCAAAGCUAUUGCUUUGAAACUUGGAAUACUUGUUCACCAUCAUUAGCAGACCCUGUACAUCAAGAAACAUAACUCCAUCUUCCUUUUUGCAAGAUUUAUUGCCCCUUUUGGACUUAGAAAAUCAGUUUUCUUGGUUAAGUUUUAUGUUUAGGUCAGCUUUUAUCCAAAACUAUCAAAGCUAUUGCUUUAAAACUUGCAACACUUGUUCACCAUCAUAAGUUGACCCUGUACAGCAAGAGACAUAACUCUGUCCUGCUUUUUGCAAGAUUUAUGGCCCCUUUUGGACUUAGAAAAUAUCAGAUUUCUUGGUUAAGUUUUAUGUUUAGGUCAACUUUUUCUCUUAAACUAUCAAAGCUAUUGCUUUGAAACUUGCAACACUUGUUCACCAUCAUAAGCUGACCCUGUACAUCAAGCAACAUAACUCCAUCCUGCUUUUUGCAAUAAUUAUUGCCCCUUUUGGACUUAGAAAAUCAUUUUCUUGGUUGAGUAUUAUGUUUAAGUCAACUUUUCUCAUAAACUAUCAAAGCUAUUGCUUUAAAACUUGCAACAGUUUUUCACCAUCAUAAGUGGACACUGUACAUCAAGAAACAUAACUCUAUCCUGCUUUUUGCAAGAAUGAUGGCCCUUUUUAGACUUAGAAAAUCAUGGGUAGGACAAUAUUUCUAUUACACAAAAAAAAUCAGAUGAGCGUCAGCACCCGCAAGGCGGUGCUCUUGUUUUAUAUUUUUGAUAGAAUUUUGAUAAGAAUUUUCAGUAAUUUACUGGGCAGGACCCAGAAUUUGGAAGAAUGUUUUUCUUCAUGAAGUACAAAUUGAAUUUAAAUGAUCAAAUUUUUGUACCGAUUUAGUGAAAUCAUUUUAUUGAACAUUACUUAUUUUUACUCCUUAAAUCUAUAAUUGUUUCAGUACAAGGUCUGAAGCAAAUAUAUACAACCCUUGAUUCACCAGAGGGGACUUAUGGUUUGUACCCUGUUAAUAUUUCCGUCAGACAAGAUUGGGUCCUGCUAUAACUUUAUUAUCUGUAGGUCACAAACCAUGUAUUCUGCCAUAACUACUACUGCUGCUAGUGAAAAAUGUGGUUCCUAGAACAGCAGAUAUCACAUAUGCCUCUUCCACUCUGGUACUUUUAAUGCUAGGCAAAAUCCUUGUUUGUACUACUCUGAUAAAUAGUUCCCGGUUAAAUUGUAUUCAUACAAUAUUCAUGGUUGGCCAGUUAACAAACUAGUUAUGAUAUACUCGAGUGAGUAUACUGGGAGCUAAAUACAGUGUUGCUAGCUAGGGACUAAGGUUAUAAACAGAUGUUAUAUACCAUAGUUGUGGAGACCAGUCUCAAAUUACAGCACUUGAUUGGCACAUUUUAAAAACUGACCAAUAGCAAAGCAGCAUUUUGAGACUGGUCUCCAGAAUUAUAUAUUCUUGCACCUACAGUUACUCAUUAUGGAGAUUUGAACCCUUGCAGGCAAGGCAAAUAAUCUUCAUUAUAAUUUGAUUGAAGACAGUAAAUCAAGUCACUCCUCCUCCACCUCUCAUUCAAGCAGGGAAUCUCUAAUUUAUGUGGAUAAGUUGGUAAUUACUUGCAGAAAACGAGUUAGUGGUGGAGCAGGAAAACAGAAUAAAGCUAUUAUGGGGCCAUUUAUCUUGUUAAAGUCACAGAAAUUUUCUACUUUUCCCAGCCGAAAAUUUAUUGUAGCUUUUCAAAAGAAAAAAAUGUUCCCAUGUUUGUCUUAGAUCGACUUUAUAGAAAACCAGUCUGUGUUGUCCUUCAGUAUUUUUUGUAUUGUAUAAACAGCUAGACUUUUAGACUUAAAAGCAUAGAGAUUUUAUUUCAUGUCUGUUUUAGGCUUUAUUUCAUUUUACGUUUUAUUGUUUAGAUGCUUACGUUUUUUAUUUUCCAAACAUUGCCUAAAUUGGUUUCAGCUGAAAUAUAGCUAUUUUGAAUAAAAUUGUGAAGGUUUUGUAGAAGUUCCUCUACCAAGAUGCAAACAAGAUUUCUUUGAAGGUAUUCUUACAUUCUGGUAUGAGGAUCGUUAAAAAUCCUAACUACCAAGACAUUAAAAAGUUGUAUUUACAAUGGUACAAUUGUAUGUCUGUAAAAGUUCUGAAAAUUCUACAAGCACUGGGCCCAGGGAUAUAAAAUUUGAAUUAGGAGACCAGUCUCAAAUCUCUAGCAUCUGAUUGGUUGAUUGUGAGAUCAGUCUAGAAAUUGACCAAUGACAUCUCAGCAUUCUUAGACUGGUCUGAAAACUCCUAUGUUUUAUAACCUUUGACCCUGAUGGACAUCUAACAUCACAUAACUAUCAUUUGAAUCUGACUGAGUUUUUUACGUACAUGCUGUAGCUGUUUGAAUGUUUUUGUUGUUCUAUAUGUGUUCAGAACAUAUUUUUAAGAACCAUGUACAGUUUAAUGUAUAAAAUUCAUUUUGUAUGUAAUCAUAUACAUAGAUAGAUGUCAUUUCACGUUAAAGUAAAUUUAUAAAUUAGUCAAA